UGGGGCGUCAGCGCUCCGAGUCACCCGCGGGCAGAAACGAAAGUGAUCGCUCGGCGCGGGGCGGGCGCCGGUGGCGGGGGCGGCUCCGCGCGCAGGACUUCUCAUCAUGGGCCAACAGCCCCAGAGGACCCAGUGAUGCUGUGAGCCUCGGACGGCCCUCCGCAGACCCAGGCCAGGCAUGCUGUCCCCAGGGUCUGGUUCGUUACCCACCAGCCCCAUGGCCGCCAAGGAGCAGUCUCUGGCCAGGCUGUGUGCGCAGGUGGACCUGCACCUGGGCUGCCCCCGCUGUACUCAGCGCCUGAAUGAGAGCACGUACGUGCUGCGCCGGACAGAGCACCACUGUCCGCGAGAGACCCUGCUGGCCCGCUUCAGGCGAGCCAGCAAGAGCCGGGUGUGGCGCAAGGUGGCCCGUCGUCCCAGCUUCCCUCGGCCUGCCCGCUAUGACGUCUGCUGGUACUACAGCCCGGGGCUCGGCUGCCGGCGGCACGGCAACCAGUGCACCUUCGCCCGCAGCCGGGAGGAGGCCCUGGUCUGGAACUUUGAGCGCGAGCACAAUGUCGGGCGUCUGUGGCUCAAGACUGAGCUGCAGGGCGGGGGUGCCCAGGGGGAGCAGCACAGCCCCGCGGACGCCAUCCGCGCGGAGCAUGGCGGUCACUUCCAGCUGCUCUGCUCUCACUGCUUCCGGAGCUGUCCUCCGCGCCUCUGCCCCAUGGACGCCCAGGGCCACUGCCCCCAGCACGGGGCCUGCCCUUCACUCCUGGCUCACGUGAGCGCCGAGGGCAGCCGCAAGCAGCAGGUAGUGGAGGUGCGGCCGCAGCCCCAGUACGGCCAGCCGCUGGCCUACUGCAUGUACGUGGGGCGCGGGCGGCCGUGCCGGCACGGGGCCUCCCGCUGCCAGUAUGCACACAGCGCAGUGGAGAUGGCCGUGUGGGAGGCCGAGCAGCUGGGGGGGCUCCAGCGGCGGGACCUGCUCUCACCCACUGCCCCCAGAGAGGACGAAUGUGCAGCCCCCUGCGGCCAGCCCCGCAGUGUCCGGCUGUACUGCCGUGCCUGCCUGGUCACCUGCCCCUCCCAGGAGGCCUUCGAGAACCACUGCUCAUCCCUGGAGCACGCACAGAUGGUGGCCUUGGACCCGGCCGAGCUCUGGGAGCACCGCAGCCCACCCACGGGGCUCUCCACGUUUGAGCUCUGCCCCAAACCCGACCUCUGUGAGUACGGGGAGGCCUGCACUAAGGCGCACUCUGAGCCAGAGCUGCAGGAGUGGGUGCAGCGGGCGCAGGGCCUGGAGCUGAGGGAGCAGGCCGCCUGGCAGGAGGGGCUGGUGUCUUACCAGGCCCGGCUGCUGGCUGAGUACCAGCGAAGUCGAAGUGAGGUUCUGGUGCUGGCGGAGACUGUUGAUGGCGUGUCUGUCACGUGCAACCAGCCCUUGGUGCAUCAGGCCCCCGAGAAGAAGAUUCAGCACAGCUGGGUAUUUGACAUCUGCUCUGAGGAACCCCUGCUGCACGUGGCCCUGCUCAAGCAGGAGCUGGGAGCAGACUUCUCGCUGGUGGCCCCCCGCCUCCCGCUGGGCCAGCUCUAUGCAAAGGGGGAGCGUUUCCGAGCAGGUGCCAACCCAGCCAGGUUCCGGGUGGAGGUGCGAGUGCAGGGCGCCUCCUUCGGCUGCUUCGAGCAGUGGGUGGUUUUCGACUUUGGCCGCCGGCCUGCCCUGCUUCAGAAGCUGGGGCUGCUGCUGGGCCAGGUGCGCUGCCCGGGGCCGCAGGGCAGGCUGGCGUGUGGCCACACCGAGGAACUGGAGCGCUGGCACACGGGCAACCGCCACGUGGUGCCUGGUGUGGAGCGGACAGCCGAGCAGGUGGCCCUGGUAGCCAAGUACAAGGUGCCCGCCCUGGCGCUGGACUUCUGUCCCGGGGGCUCCGCCCCAGGCCCCAUGUCCUGCGCCGACUACCGCCCGAGGGUGCAUCAGUUUCUCUAUGAGGAGGAGGCGGCUCAGCAGCGGCUGGUGGCCAGGCUGAACUUCCGGGGUCCGGUGUCCCUGCGGACAGCCCUGGAGACGCCGGCCCUGGGCAUGCUCUUCCCGCCCUCAGGGGCCCUCUAUGCUGAGGUCCCCACACCCUCCUCGUGGAUGCCGGACACGGACGAGGGCUUUCUGCUGGGCCGGGCGGUCAGCACAGCCCUGGUGGCCCCCGUCCCUGCAUGCGACCGCACGGUGUUUGAAGUGCUGCUGGAGACGCGGGCGAGCUCGGAGCAGGCGCUGUGGCUGCUGCUGCCGGCCCGCUGCUGCGUGGCCCUGGGGCUACGGCCCGACACCAGCCCCCUCCUUGAGGUGCAGUUCCAGAUCGACCCACUGACCUUCCGCUUCUGGCACCAGGCGGUAGACGCGCUGCCUGACGUGCGACUGGUGGUGCCGGACCUGCCGACGUGCUCCUUGCCCCGGCCUCUGCCCGCGCCCCCCGCGAUGCAUGGCAACCACAAGCAGAAGCUGGCUGUGGCGCUCAUUGCGGGCAGUAGCCCGGGGGGCGUCCGGCCCAUUGCCCCCCUGCUCAUCUACGGCCCCUUUGGCACAGGCAAGACCUACACGCUGGCCAUGGCCUCCCUGGAGGUCAUCCGGCAGCCCCACACCAGGGUGCUCAUCUGCACGCACACCAACAGCGCGGCCGACAUCUACAUCGAGGAGCACUUCCACCGCUACGUGAGCAGCGGCCACCCUGAGGCCACUCCGCUGCGGGUGAUGUUCACGGACCGCCCGCCCGGCCAGACCGACGCGGCCACGCUGCGCUACUGCCUCCUGACCGCGGACCGCCGGGCCUUCCGCGCCCCGACACAGGCCGAGCUGGAGCGGCACCGCAUUGUGGUGGCCACGGCGUCCCAGGCGCGCGAGCUCAGGGUGCCCAGCGGCUUCUUCUCGCACAUCCUCAUCGACGAGGCCGCCCAGAUGCUGGAGUGCGAGGCGCUCACCCCGCUGCGCUACGCCGGGCCCGGCACACGCCUGGUGCUGGCGGGGGACCACCGGCAGGUCACGCCCAGGCUCUUCAGCGUGCCGGGCGCCCAGGCCGCGGGCCACACCCUGCUCUGCCGCCUCUUCUGGCACUACCAGCGGGAGGCCCACGCCGUGGCGCGGCACAGCCGGCUCAUCUUCCACGAGAACUACCGCUGCACCGAGGCCAUCCUUCACUUCGUCUCGCGGCACUUCUACCUGGCCGAGGGCAGCCCCAUCCACGCCAGCGGCCGGGUCCCUCGCCACCCCACGCACUACCCUCUCAUGUUCUGCCACGUGGCGGGCAACCCCGAGCGGGACCUGUCACGCGCGUCCUGGCUGAACGCGGCGGAGAUCGCCCAGGUCGUGGAGAAGGUGCAGGAGAUCUACCAGAGCUGGCCCUCCUGCUGGGGCAGCCGCGAGCAGAGGCACAUCUGUGUCGUGUCCCACGGUGCCCAGGUGGGUGCACUGAGGCAGGAGCUGAGGAAGAGGGACCUGGGCCAGGUGUCUGUGGGCAGCUUUGAGAUCCUGCCAGGGCGGGAGUUCCGGGCUGUGGUGCUGAGCACCGUGCACAACCACAGCAGCCUGCAGAGCUCGGGGCCGCCCGCCCUGGGCUUCUUCACCGAUGCCCGCGUGCUCAACACCGUCAUGACGCGCGCCCAGUCCCAGGUGGUGGCUGUGGGCAAUGCCGUGGCCCUCUGCUCCUUCGGGGCCUGUAGCAAGCUCUGGAAGAGCCUCAUCCGCGAGUGCGUGAAGCACCACAGCGUCCAGCCCAAGAGCCUGUCCCUGGAGCACAUUGAGCAGAGCGCGGUCCAGAGCAGGAGGCAGCGCUGGGCCCUCCAAGCAGAGAGAGCUGUGGCUGCUGUGGCCCAGGACACUGUCCGGGAAGAGGGCACAGCAGGGGCUCUAGCCACAGAGCACGUGGCCACGGACAACGUGGCACCAGGGGCUGAAGGGAGGACAUCCCCUUCCAAGACCCGGGCAGCAAGAGACGAAGCCACACAGAGCAUAGAGGCUGGGGACGCGGCACUGGGGUCUGUGGCAGGGGGAUGCCCAGUGGUGAGGGAGACCGCCCUGGUGCCCCCAGAGGCAGAGGACACGACCUCAGCAGGGAACUCGUUGAUGGGGGAUGUGGCCCCCGGGAAGGCAGUGGCCGGGCUGCCGGCCACGGAAGAUGGGGACCCCGAGGACCUCGAGGACUCUGAGUCGGACUUCUGGCCCUCCGACAUGGAGCUCAACGCGGACGACUCCAUCCUGCAGGAGCUCCUGGAUGAAGCCCGGAACGUGGCGGUGACCGUCCAGGAAGACGGGCUGCUGGACGCCGUCGCCCGGCCCGAGUCCCCACAGCAGGCCUGGCAGUACAGGAGCCUGCCGCGGGCCGCGCUGCGGAAGCUGCUGAACUUGGAGCCUGAGCUGUACCGCCCCUGUGCCUUCGUGCAGGAGACCUUCGAGCGGGCGCUGGCCGUCCCGCUGGAUGACGCGGACUGUGGCCCCAUCCACAUCAGGGGCCGCCUGCACUGUGGGAUGGCCUUCAGCGGGGAUGAGGUGCUGGUGGAGGUCCUGGGCACAGACAGAGGCCCCUCGGGGAGGCCGCAGGGCCGGGUGGUGGGCGUGCUGAAGAGGAAGCGGCGGGAGCUGGUGUUCGUGUGCCGCACGGACGAGUGGGACCCUCGCAUCAUGACCCCCAUCGACAGCUCCGUGACCAAGAUCUUCGUGGCUGAGCUGAAGGACCCACUGCAGGUUCCCGUGCACUGCGUCCAGCAGGGCCGUGUGCGGCGUGUGGGCUACGAGCGGCUCCCUGCCGAGGCCCGCGGCAGCCGGCUCUUCUUGGUGCGUGUUGUCCUGUGGCGGCCCCGCUUCUACUACCCCCUGGGCAUCAUCCUGGAGGUGCUACCCGAGGCCACCAGCUGGGAGCAGGGCCUGCGCAUCCUUGACCUGGAGUACGGCCUGAGGGCACCAGGGCCGGAGCCGGCCUCUGUCAGCAGGGCGCUGCGGAAGUACCGGGCGGAGCUCAGCCGGGGACCCGACCGCCGGGAGGAUUGCCGCGGCUUUCUGACCUUCACUGUGGACCCCCAGGGUGCCCGCUACCUAGACGAUGCCCUCAGCGUCCGAGAUCUGGGCUCCAAGUACGAGGUGGCCGUGCACAUCGCCGACGUGGCCAGCGCUGUCCCCAGGGACGGGCCUCUGGACCUGGAGGCCCGCAGAAGGGGUAUCACGUUCUAUGCCCCUGACCGGGAGCCGCAGCCCAUGCUGCCGGCCGGCCUCUGCCAGGACGCGCUCAGCCUCCUGCCGGGCCAGGAUCGCUUGGCCGUCUCCCUCUUCCUCAUGGUUGAGAAGGGCAGCGACCAGCUCAAGGGCCUGCGCUUCGCGCCCUCUGUGAUCCGCUCUGACCGCCAGCUGUCCUACGAGGAGGCCGAGCAUGUCAUCAGGCGACACCCGGGGGCCGGCGGGGAGUUGCCCAGCCUCUUGGACUCUGUGGACGCCUGUGUCGUGGCCGCCUGCCACUUCUCCCGCGUGCUGCGCCGAGCCCGCCUGGGGACCGACGCGCACUACGAGCAGCCCGGCGAGGACGGCGUGCUGGGCUUCCGCGCGGCCCACGCCAUGGUCAAGGAGUACAUGGUCCAGUUCAACAGCCUGGCGGCCGAGCUCCUCGUGAGCAGCGAGUGCACGCGGACGGUCACGCCGCUGCGGUGGCAGCCUGCACCCAGUGAGCGCCAGCUCGUGGCGCUGGGGGAGAAGCACGGGGAGCUGGUGCCCCUGUCCCUGCACCUGCACCACCACCUACGGGGCUGUGGGUCCCCCGGCCGACAGGUCUACCUCCUGGCCGCCCUGUGGAGGCACCUGCAGCGUGCCGCCCGCACCGGGGACCGCAAUCUGCUGGCGGACCUCAUCACCACAGACGACAUGCACCCCUCCCUGGCUCCCGUGGGCCUUGACCUCCGCAAGGCCCUGGGCCGCUCUGUGUUUGGCCGCUCCCGCCAGGGCGAGCAGCAGGUGGCGGGGCACUACGCGCUGCGGGUGGACUGGUACACGUGGGCCACCUCGCCCAUCCGCAGGUACCUGGAUGUGGUACUGCAGCGGCAGAUCCUGCUGGCGCUGGGCCACGGGGGUGCCCCCUACUCCGCCAGGGACAUCGACGGGCUGUGCCAGGAAUUCAGCCACCAGCACGCGCGCGCCCAGGCCUAUCAGCGCCAGGCCCGAAGCCUGCAUCUGGCAGCGCAGCUCAGGGUCCAGCCCCGGGGCAAGCUGGGCAUCGUGGCAGGCGUGGAGACGGGCGCCCGCGGCUUCAAGCUGCUCUUCCCCACCAACCCCGAGACCCUGCCUGACCCCUGCCCUGUGCAGUACCGCGCCCUGCAGCUGGCCGAGCACCCCAAGGACCUGGCCGGGCGGCCAGGCCUGCGGCUGGAAUGGCGGCGCCGCAUCUACUCGGUGCAGGCGGAAGGGCCGUGCUCCCCGCGGCCCGGUGCCCUGCUGGACCCCCACACCCGGCGGGUGGACGCCGCCCCGUGGGAGCAGCUGCUGGAGCUAGUUCAGGCGGAGCUGUGGCCUGAGGCGGCGGCCCUGGUGCGGGAGCUGGGCACGGCGGAGCCCCCGCCCCGGGAGCUGGGCCGCGUGAGGCACAGCCGCUGUGGCCACUUCGUGGAGGUGUCCCGGGAGCUGGGCAGCGGGGACGUGCUGCAGGUGCAGCUCAGCGCCGGCCUGCAGCGGGGCUUCCUGGUGCCAAGCCUGCAGCUGUGCACUGUGGCGCCGGGCCUCACCCUCUGCCUGCAGCACGUGGAGCGGCCCAGCGACUGCUUUCUGGACCAGGCACCCCGGGCGGCGCAGGACCGGUGUCUCGAUGAGGGCGAGUACGCCCGCGUGUGGGGGCCCUUCUGCUCUCUGGAGUCGGCCACAGGCGCCGUCUCAGAGGGCGACUCCAUCACGCUGCAGCAGGUCAGCGUGUCCUGGGACACAAAGCAGGUGGCGCAGGGGCAGCUGCGUGGCUCCUUCUGCCUGGAGCCGUCCUUCCUCAGCGAGCACGGCAUUGACCUCAGCUUCGGCCACUGCUACCUCUGCAUCCGGCUCGAGGGGCUGCCGGCCAUGCCCAUUGCAGGGGGGCCGCACCCCCCAGCUGGCCCUGGCCAGCCUCCCCUCCUGAGCAUUGACCCUGACACGUACACUUGGGUGGCCCACGGGCUGACAGAACGCUGGGGCCCGGAGGAGGGCCAGGCCGACCGGCAGGAGGCCUCCGGGCAGGUGUACUUCGUCGUGCAGCACAUGCCCGUGGAGAAAGUCCCGGAAGAGGUGCUCAGACGGGGCACGCGGUUCACUAUUGAGGUGCUGCCCAAGCAGCUUCCUGACGUUCGCAAGGAAGAAGCUGUGAGUAGGCUGGACCGCGCGUCCCCGCUGGUCGUCAGCAUUGCCCUGGGCCGGCCCAUCCCUCCGCCCUGCCGCCUUGCUCCCGAGCAGACCCCCCACAGAGGGACGUACAACAGGCUCCUGGAGAAACGCGUGUUCGACCUCCCCGGAGGCUGCCACACACUGAACUCCAGCCAGAACCGGGCUGUCAGGGCGGCCCUGCAGAAGCCGUUCACAGUGAUCCAGGGCCCGCCAGGCACCGGGAAGACGGUUGUGGGUUUCCACAUCGUGUUCUGGUUUCACAAGGCAAAUGAGGAGCAGGUGAUGGCCUGGGGCGCCCCCAGGGAGGAGGAGCUGCUGGGGGGCCCGUGCGUCUUGUAUUGCGGUCCCUCAAACAAGUCAGUGGACGUCCUGGCAGGACUGCUGCUGUGUAGGAGAGCAGAGCUGAAGCCGCUAAGGGUGUACAGCGAGCAGGCCGAGGCCACUGAAUUCCCGGUGCCCAGUGUGGGCAGCAGCGGCCCGCCCAGGAAGACCCCUCGGGAGGGGAGGCCCAACCAGAGCCUCAGGAGCAUCACCCUACACCACAGGGUCCGGCAGGCCUCCAACCCCUACGCGGCGGACAUCAGGGGGUUCGACACUCGGGUGCAGAAAGGGGAGGUCUUUUCCAAGGAAGACCUCAACCGGUACAAGCAGGUGCUGGGGAAGGCACGGAAGUUCGAGCUGGAGCGGCACCGGGUCGUCUUGUGUACGUGCUCGUGUGCGGCCUCAGCUGGCCUCAGGAGGCUGGCUGUGCGGCAGGUCCUCAUUGACGAAGCAGGCAUGGCCACGGAGCCCGAGACCCUCAUCCCGCUGGUGGCCUUCUCAGGGGUGGAGAAGGUGGUUCUUCUGGGGGACCACAAGCAACUGCGGCCUGUGGUCAGGAGUGAGCAGCUGCAGAAUCUGGGGCUGGACCGGUCUCUCUUCGAGAGGUAUCACGCGGAUGCUUACCUGCUAGACACACAGUACCGCAUGCACGCGGACAUCUGUGCCUUCCCCUCUACGGAGUUCUACAAGAAGAAGCUGAAGACCUGGCCGGGCCUGAAGCGGCCCCCCAGCGUCCUGGGCCACGCUGGAAAGGAGAGCUGCGCUGUCAUCUUUGGCCAUGUGCAGGGCCAUGAGCAGAGCCUACUGGUGUCCACAGAUGAAGGGAAUGAAAACUCCAAGGCCAACCCAGAGGAGGUGGCCGAGGUGGUCCGCAUUGCUAAGCAGCUGACCCUGGGCAGGACCGUGGACUCCAAGGACGUUGCCAUUCUCACGCCCUACAACGCUCAGGCUGCGGAGAUCGGCAAGAGGCUUGGGCAAGAGGGUGUCACUGGAGUGAGCGUGUGCUCCAUCACCAAGAGCCAGGGAAGCGAGUGGCGCUACGUGCUGGUGAGCACCGUGCGUACGUGCCCCGAGAGUGACCUGGACCAGCGGCCGACGAAGAGCUGGCUGAAGAGGUUCCUGGGCUUUGUGGUGGACCCCAAUCAAGUGAACGUGGCCAUCACCCGGGCCAGAGAGGGUCUCUGCUUCAUUGGGGACCACCGCCUCCUGCGUUGUUGCCCUCUCUGGCGGAGAUUCCUGGACUUCUGCGAGGACCAGCAGAGCCUCGUGCCCGCCAGCCAGGUGCGCGUUCGGAGGAGGCCUGCCCUGUCUCCCUGAAGAGCCCACUCUGCCUGCCCACUGCCCUCGGGCUGCCAGGACUUCGAGGCAAAGUCCCCACCCCGAUUCUGCAGCCUGCCUUGUCAGGCCGCACUCAGCAGAAUCCCACAGUGCCUUCGGUUAGGGUUAGGUACUGCCGGCCGCCCCGC